AUUGACCGUUUUAGUUAAAAAAUUUAUAAAGAAAAAACAACUUCAUCCACACACCACAUAUUUCUCUCCCGCCUAAUCCUCCGCGUUCCCCAGCCGACGGGCCGAUCUUUCUUCUACUACUUGUCCUCCGGCCCUCAUAACCAACUUACUCUUGACUCUUUAGACAAGUAGUUAUCUAUGGCUCUCUGCUCGUUGAUCUCAGCCACUCCGAUCUCCGUUUCCGUGCCGAGAUAUCUCGUCUUACCCACGCGCCGUCGUUUCCACUUGCCGUUAGCAACUCUUGGCUCAUCGUCCUCUCCGGAGUCAUCGGCAUCAUCAUCGACCCCUACCUCGAUUCCCGUCAACGGGAACACGGUACCUAGUUCUUACGGAACAACUCGCAAAGACAACAGCCCAUUUGCUCAGUUCUUUCGUUCCACCGAAUCCAACGUUGAGAGGAUAAUAUUUGAUUUCCGGUUCCUAGCGCUUUUGGCAGUAGGAGGUUCGUUAGCUGGUUCGCUACUCUGCUUCCUCAAUGGGUGUGUCUAUAUAGUGGAGGCAUAUAAAGUCUACUGGACUAACUGUGCAAAAGGAAUCCAUACCGGCCAAAUGGUUUUACGCCUAGUUGAAGCUAUCGAUGUUUAUCUGGCUGGGACUGUUAUGUUAAUAUUUAGUAUGGGUUUGUAUGGACUCUUCAUCAGUCACUCGCCUCAUGAUGUUCCUCCGGAAUCCGAUCGUGCCCUUAGAUCCUCUUCUCUCUUUGGUAUGUUUGCAAUGAAGGAGAGACCGAAAUGGAUGAAGAUUAGCUCACUUGAUGAGCUGAAAACCAAAGUGGGACAUGUCAUUGUUAUGAUUCUUCUAGUGAAGAUGUUCGAGAGAAGCAAGAUGGUUACUAUCGCCACCGGUCUUGAUUUGCUCAGUUAUUCUGUUUGCAUCUUCUUGUCCUCUGCUUCUCUUUAUAUCCUCCAUAAUCUCCACAAAGGAGAGACAUGAACCCAUUCUUAUGUACAGACCCAAUUAUCCAAUAUAUAUGUUUGCUCUGCUCUUGUAGUUUCAAUUGCUAUUAAUGAUUGUGAAUAACCAAUUUGCUUUUAUUCA